CUCAAUGUGCCAUGUUUCUUCCACCAAAAAUAGUGUGAUCUUACAGAAUGCCAUGGGAGAUCCUUGCGAAGGACUCUCUAACAGCUCAUACGAGAAAAAAAAUAAGGGGAUCAAAAACUGGAAGCCGUGGGGCUGCGUCCUAGUUACUCUCCUCGCUCCCCUAACCCCCCCUGUUAACGGUACCUUGUCAGGUACUCUCAACGCCGAGAUGCCAAGGGCCCCGCUGCGCAGGGGAGUUUUUCCAUGAAGUAUACUACAAAAUCGAGGCCGAUGUACUUUUUGCGGAGUCAUCGUGAGAGCUAGCGUGCCAAGAAUACCUGACUAGGUCCUUUUUUCUAGCUUACAACUAUGUAUUGAUCAAAGAAAAACCAACAGAAUGAAGCAAAAAUAGUAUCAAUCAGAUGAAGAGCACUGAGCACAACAUGGCCAGCAACUUCAGUGGCAUACUAGUGCAGAAGAGAAGAGACAGAUGAGGAGCAUGGUGUAAGUCAGGAGGAUAAAAGGGCUUCCGGCCGCUCCUCGAUCAGGCUCUUCCAUCACAGCAGUUCAACAACAAUCACAACAACAACAACAGACACUCUUACCACACAUUAUCCUUUCCCUUGUCUCGACACCUCUUGUUUGAUCCCUUUAUUUCUGCCCCUCUCUACUCUUGCCAUCUCAAGUCAACAUGCACUUCUCUAAGGUCUCUGCCUUGUUCUUCACCUCCCUUGUCGCGGCGGGCACCCUCCUACAACGGGGAGACUCUAGCUUUGGAGGACACCCAUAUCAGGUCUCGGAAAACGUAUACUCCAACGUCCCACAGCAAGAACAUCGUUACAAGAUUGCAGACAAUGUCUGGUCGAACGUCCCCCCAGUCAACGCGACUUCAAGCCCAUCCAUGGUCACGGUGGCAAAACGGGACACCACCCGCCCCACCCUUGAUGAAUUGAAAGCUAAUGUUACUUUGGCUAUGGAGUGGAUGUCGGCACUCCCAGCUCCCCAGCCCGACUCUGGGGACGAAGGAACUGCCAUCGCUGCUCGCUGGGCAGUAUUUACGAUCCCCGUAGCUCAAUGUAUAAUUUCCAUGGCUGCUUGCUAUGGACUUUUGAGGGAAGACGACAGGUCCCUGGUUCUCAAACUUAAUUACUGCUUGACCUGGUCUCAAACCGCCGGCUAUUGCAAAUCGAGAACGCAAACGUCGUAUCGCUCCCUCUUUGGCGACGACUUUGCACCUGAUGAUGCCGUAUUUCAGGCUCAAGAGCAGAUCUUCAUUGAUUACGACGGAAAUCAGUAAAGAGAAGCUUUUAUGAAAGUAUUCAUAGGCGCGUUCAUGCUAGUGGUCGUGAGAGUGUUCGGUGGCCAGGACUUGUGCUAUGAUAUUUUGGGGGGAGGGUUCUGGACUGAUUUUAGGGGUUUCUUUAUUCACACUCGUUCUGUAUUAGUUUUCAUUCCUUUUUGUUCGUUUCUUAGAUGUAUGUAGUAGGAGGCGGUGAUGAAUUGAGUUGCGUUUCACGUCCACUCCUCACCAGUUGUUACCCGUUAUAGCGCCUCUCAGGGGCUUGUAGGGUGCCAUACUAAUCCAGUAAUACUUUACAGAGAUACUUUCGCUCUUUAUGAAUGAAAACACCCUUGGCAAAUGCUUUCGCUGUAGUUGGUCUUGAGAUUUUCCAAUUUAUCCCUAGCUAAGAUAGCC